AUGGCGGCAAUGGCAAACACCGUGAACGCCAUCGGGUGGGGCACCAAAGACUCCUCGGGCAUCCUCACCCCUCUCAACUUCACCCGUCGAGCCACUGGCCACAAGGACGUCCAAUUCAAAGUCAUGUUCUGCGGAGUCUGCCACUCGGACCUCCACCUCAUCAAGAACGACUGGGGCUUCGCCAACUACCCCAUGAUCCCGGGCCAUGAGAUCGUGGGCCUCGUCACCGAAAUCGGGCCCGGCGUCUCCAAAUUCAAGCCCGGGGACAAGGUCGCCGUCGGGGUCAUGGUCGGCUCGUGCCGCAACUGCCACUACUGCUCCGCCAGCCUCGAGAACUUCUGCCCCGAGAAGCUCGACACCUACAACGGCGUCCAGGCGGACGGGACCCUCACUUACGGCGGCUAUUCCGAUCUCAUGGUCGCCGAAGAGGACUUUAUCAUCCGUUGGCCGGAGAAUCUCCCGAUGGACCGUGGUGCCCCGCUCGUCUGCGCGGGUAUCACGACGUACAGCCCGUUGAGAUACUACGGGCUGGACAAGCCGGGCCUUAAUGUCGGGGUUGCCGGGCUCGGCGGGCUUGGCCACGUGGCAGUGAAGUUCCUCAAGGCGUUUGGGGCAAAAGUGACUGUGAUUGACAUCGCGCCCGAGAAGAGGGCCUAUGCGCUGGAGACUCUUGGCGCGGACCAGUUUUUGCUGGCGAAUGAGCUGGAGCCGGCGGUUGGGACGCUGGAUGGGAUUCUGGAUGCGGUGGCGCCUUUUCAUUCCAUACAGGCGCUGCUUAACUUGUUGAAGCCGAAUGGGAAGCUGAUUGUGGUGGGGCUGCCCGAGAGGCCGCUCGAGCUGCCCAUGUUUGCGCUGGCCACGCAUAGGAAGAUGGUUGGCGGGAGCAUGAUUGGAGGGAUUAAGGAGACGCAGGAGAUGAUUGAUUUCGCGGCUAAGCAUAAUAUAUUGCCGGAUGUUGAGGUUAUAUCUAUGGAUUAUAUUAAUACGGCGAUGGAGAGGCUGGCGAGGGGGGAUGUUAAGUAUAGGUUUGUGAUCGAUGUGGGGAAGACUUUGAAGGUGAAGGCUGUGGGUUGGGGUGCCACAGACUCGUCCGGCAUUCUCUCUCCUCUGGAAUUCAGCCGGCGGUCCACCGGCAGCCGCGACGUCCAAUUCAAAGUCCUCUACUGCGGCGUUUGCCACUCGGAUCUCCACCUCGUCAAGAACGACUGGGGAUUCGCCAAAUACCCUAUGAUCCCCGGCCACGAAAUAGUCGGCAUAGUCACCGAGGUCGGCUCAAAGGUCGACAAAUUCAAGGUCGGCGACAAAGUCGCCGUCGGCGUCAUGGUCGGAUCUUGCCGCCUCUGCGACCAGUGCGAAAACAACCUCGAAAACUACUGCCCCGAGAAACUCGACACCUACAACGGCAUCCAGGCCGACGGCUCCCUCACCUACGGCGGCUAUUCAGAUCUCAUGGUCGCCGAAGAGGAUUUCGUCAUCCGGUGGCCGGAGAAUUUCCCGAUGGACCGUGGGGCCCCGCUUGUCUGCGCCGGAAUCACCACCUACAGCCCGCUGAAAUACUACGGGCUGGACAAAUCGGGCCUCCACGUGGGGGUUGCUGGGCUUGGCGGGCUUGGCCACGUGGCGGUCAAGUUUCUCAAAGCCUUCGGGGCGAAAGUGACGGUGAUUGACAUUGCGCCGGAGAAGAAGGUGUACGCGCUCGAAACCCUCGGAGCCGAUCAAUUCCUGCUGAGCCACGAGCUGGAAUCUGCGGCUGGGACCAUGGAUGGGAUCCUCGAUUGUGUCUCGGCCUUUCAUUCGAUCCAGGCUUACCUGAAUCUCUUGAAGCCGCAUGGCAAGCUGGUGGUGGUGGGCUUGCCGGAGAAGCCACUGCAGCUGCCGAUGUUUGCUCUGGCGACGGAGAGAAAAAUGAUUGGGGGAAGCAUGAUCGGUGGGAUUAAGGAGACGCAGGAGAUGAUUGACUUUGCGGCUAAGCACAAUAUAUUGCCCGAUGUUGAGAUUAUUUCAAUGGAUUAUAUUAAUACGGCUAUGGAGCGCCUUGCGAGAGCUGAUGUCAAAUACAGAUUCGUCAUUGAUGUGGCGAAUUCACUUAAAGCUUAG